GCACACCACAUUUUGUUUGUCUUAUUCACACUCUUUUUUUAGUAUACUAUACACCUCUGUUUGUUGAAGGAGGAAGAAGAGGUUUUUUUUUUUGUGGGUGUGGAGAAGAAAGAAGAAUGGAGAAAGCUUUAACUAAAGUUGGGAGCAUUAAAGUUGGAAGCUUUUGGCUAACCAAGAAAGCUAAGGCAGAAUUCAACAACAUAUCUCAAGAUAUCAAUAGCAUCUCAAAUACUGUUGAAGAGAAGGCGAAAUGGAUCUUUAACAAGCUAAAAGGAACGCCUAUGAAGAGUUUGACAGAUCUUCUUCGAGAACACAAUCUCCCACUAGGCCUUUUUCCCCAGAACAUAACAAGUUAUGAAUUAGACGAGUCCAAAAAGCUGACCGUUCACCUUCCCUCCCCAUGUGAGAUAACCUUCAAGGACGGCUCUCUGAUUAGGUAUGCUACGAGGGUGAAAUGCAUUUUACUAAGAGACAAGCUUAUUGGCAUAGAAGGAAUGAAGACUAAAGUCUUAGUAUGGGUGAAAGUCACAAAUGUGUGUGUUGAAGGCAACAGGUCAGAGAAGGUUUCGUUUACUGCUGGUGUAAAGAAAUCAAGGCCAAGAGAAGCUUAUGACAUUCCUCGCGAUGCAGUUAUAGUAAAAGAGUUUUGAGAGUCCGAUUAUUCAUACAAGUACAAGUCCUCAACAAUCAAAAAGAUUUUCGAGUAGGCUAUGUUUUGAUGGUUUUAUUGGUCGGUCACUUCUCAUCGUAGCAGAAUCGUUCCAAUGAACACUUCAGGAAAGAAGUAUAUGGAAACAUGUUACAAAAUUCAUGCAAAAUGGUGUUUGGCAAUUUAGCAUACUCAGCUAGAUUGUAACAGUAGUUGGAUGGUUAGACAUCUUUUUUUUUCCUGGAAUUUUUUGAGAUGCUAUUUAUUAUGGCUUCUAUUUGAAGAAAAUUAUUCAUGUUAGGGGAGUCUAAUUGAGUUGUUGAGUGAAUCAAUCUUGAGAUGUUCUCCAUUCUCUUAACAAAUUGUGUUUGGUUUAU